CGUCCGCGGCCGCCCGCAGAUCCGGGCGAUGGCGGCGGGGCGGGCGCGGGUGUCCCGCCUGCUGCGGCAGCUGCAGCGGGCAGCUUGUCGGUGCCCGAGCCAUGGCCACACUUAUUCCCAAGUUCCUGAACGGCCCACCCUGGGGAACACAGACUAUGCAUUUGAGAUGGCCAUUUCAAACAUUCGAUAUGGAGAAGGAGUUACGAAAGAGAUUGGCAUGGACCUGCAGAAUCUUGGUGCUAGAAGAGUUUGUUUGAUGACAGAUAAAAACCUCUCCAAACUCCCUCCUGUAAAUGCAGUAUUGAAUUCCUUGACAAAAUAUGGUAUAAACUUUCAAAUAUAUGAUAAUGUCCGUGUGGAGCCAACAGACCAAAGUUUCCUGGAUGCCAUACAAUUUGCUAAAAAGGGAGAGUUUGAUGCCUAUGUUGCUGUUGGAGGUGGCUCUGUGAUAGACACCUGCAAAGCUGCCAACCUGUAUGCAGCCAGCCCUUCCUCAGAAUUCCUGGAUUAUGUCAAUGCUCCUAUUGGGAAAGGAAAACCGGUCACUGUGCCCCUCAAGCCACUUAUUGCAGUUCCUACAACAUCUGGCACUGGAAGUGAAACCACUGGUGUUGCCAUUUUUGACUUCAAAGAACUAAAAGUUAAAACCGGUAUUGCUUCAAGAGCCAUUAAGCCCACAUUAGGCAUCAUUGAUCCUUUACACACACUGUCUAUGCCUGAACGAAUAGUGGCCAACAGUGGCUUUGAUGUGCUUUGCCACGCCCUGGAAUCGUACACUGCUCUGCCUUACAACCAGCGCGGUCCCUGCCCCUCCAACCCCAUCCACCGCCCAGCCUACCAAGGCAGCAACCCCGUCAGCGACGUCUGGGCUCUGCACGCUCUGCGCAUUGUCGCCAAGUAUCUGAAAAGAGCCAUCAGAAACCCUGAGGACCGCGAAGCAAGAGCCAACAUGCACCUGGCAAGUGCUUUUGCUGGUAUUGGCUUUGGCAAUGCUGGUGUUCAUCUCUGCCAUGGAAUGUCUUACCCUAUUUCUGGUUUGGUGAAAACUUAUAAACCAAAGGAUUAUAAUGUGGAUCACUCUUUAGUGCCACAUGGCCUUUCUGUGGUACUGACAUCCCCAGCAGUGUUUGCUUUCACAGCACAGAUACAUCCUGAGCGGCAUUUAGAAGCUGCAGAGAUUCUAGGAGCUGACAUCCGCACUGCCAGAAUCAAAGAUGCGGGGCUUAUUUUGGCAGACACACUCCGGAAAUUCCUAUUUGAUCUGAAUGUUGAUGAUGGCUUAGCUGCAAUUGGUUAUUCCAAAGCAGACAUCCCUGCAUUAGUCAAAGGCACUCUGCCUCAGGAGAGAGUGACUAAACUAUCACCACGUCCCCAAACAGAAGAAGACUUAUCUGCUCUCUUCGAGGCUUCCAUGAAACUUUAUUAGCUUAAACAUGUUCUGGAAAGUGUGGUCUAUUCUAACACAGAGAUCCACGUGGUUUUGUAUACAGUUCGUUUAAAUCAGAUUCUGCUUCACGUUGGACUGUUUCAGCAUCUGAUUCAUGCUGCUACCACAGCACAAGACAAAUGAGAGAAGAGCCCUGUGACUUCUGGUGUGCAUAUUUCUUUCUGCUGGGGAGGGAGCACUUUUCAGUCACCCUGUUGAAGUAGAAGGCUCUAUGCUUGCACCUUUGCAUUUGUGUAUUUGUGUGAUCAAAGUAGUGCUGUCCUAGCAUCUGAGGACAGAUGUGUAGUGGAUAUUGGCACUGGAUCCAUUUCAGGGCUGUUAAACAGGUGGGUGGAUACUGGUUAAAGACAGACUGUUGAACAGGUCUGGUGGCCAUAGGACUGCACUGCCAGUAUGUGAUACACAUGUGAUCUCCAUGUCCUUCUGAACCUUCCCCUCUGCUGAAAUUGCCCACAAGUACCUCUGUCAUGAAGGCUGAUGUAAUAGCAAGGAAUUCACUUCAUUAUGUUGUGCAAAGCUGACAUGUUUAGAAAAAAAACAACUUUUUCUCAAAACUUUUUGUCCAGCCCUGUUCACAGUCAGGCUGGAUGAGGCUCUGAACCCAGUCUAGUAAAAGAUGUUCCUGCCCAUGCAGGGAAGUUAGAACUAGAUCUUUAAGAUCCCUUCCAGCCCAAACCAUUCCAUGAUUCUGUAUAAACUUUUGACCUCUUUUGUCUUUCCACUCCUGUCUUUCUCCAGUUUGUGGUAGCAGUACAGAUUCAUGAAGAGAGAAUCUUUUUGUCCAGGAGCCUAAUUCACGGCAGUCCUGCUAUGUUUGGGGGAAAUACACCGUCUGGGAAACUGAGCAGCAUGUGAUUUCAUCACUGCAGCAGAGCACUUUGAUGGGCUGCUUAGGGAGGUAGGAUAAAUUCUUCCAGCACACUUUUUAUCUGCUUUUUAUGCCAGUAUGGCAGUUAUUGGCAGGCUGCAUUUUCAACUGACAGAACCUCACACUUAAAUUCCUAUACCAGGUAACCUGCAGCUCCUGAUGGCUUAUAAAAUAAACCUCAUACCCCCUUUGAUACCCAUAUUUUACAGAUGAGACAAAGGGGGUUUAUGUAAUACCUAACCUAACAUAAGCAGAUGGUGCUGUAAGAGGGGACAUUUCUGUUUUCCUCACCUCUUUGGCUGCAUCAAGGUCUUCAACUGCCUUGAAUUGGUUGUGAAAUCUCUGCCACGGACAUCAGCUACAUGUGAAAAUCUCUCUCAUGGACAUCAGUCUCCACCACCAAUUAUUAGUUACUAGUAGGGAUUUUCUGAGGAAAAAUCAAGAGAGCUCAAGUUGCCCCAGAAUGCUGUCAUUCAAAUAGUGAUGAAGUGACAGGGUGUCACUUCCUGGCUCCUGGGCAGUGGUAGCUUUAUUCACAGCUGAAGAGCUACAUGGGGUUUUUCAUUAUCUCACUCAAUUACUCUGUACUGGUAUUUCUGUGGGGAGCUGGGGUAACACUGUAAUUGUGAGUGCCCAGUGGUGGUUGGGCACAUGUGUGAAAUCUGGGAGGCUCGUUUUUGUGCUCCUGUUACUGCUGUGCUACUCAAACCCUCUCUGAUGGAUCUGUUAGUUUAGAUUGUGCUGAAAUGCAAAUAACAAAAAUAAAGCUUGUUUGAGAGCAGCAUUUAA